CCGAGCUUGAGAACCUCUGCCUGAUUGCAGCUUGUCCAUGUGACUUGGUUUCCGUUGCCUGCCUACUUCCGUGAAUAGUAAAGAAGGGGCAUCUGUGUUUCAGUCAGUGCAGGGAAGAGCAGCUGAACUUGACACACAUGUGAAUGCACUCUGCGAGUCAACCAGCGAUAUGGUCAGGGGAGCAACCGUCAGUGGCUUGGCAAAUCCAAACCUAACCACCAGUUAAGGAUGAGAAAAUGCCAGUCCACAGGCUCACUCCCAUCCUUCUCUGCUUGGUGCUCAUGUGGAGAACCCUUACACCGGUCUCAAGUCACCCACAGCACCAUCGAUGUCAGUUGAUACAACAAACGGCUCUCUGCAAUAAUCUCAAGCUCACAACUGUUCCUGAAGGACUGCCAGAGACCAUUGAAGAGCUUCAGCUCAACUACAACCACUUUCAAACACUACAGGAUACCUCUCUUCUCCGUUACCCCUCGCUAACCUCCCUGAGCUUAGCUUGCAACAAUUUGAAGAAAUUAGAAUCAAACACUUUUCAAGAGUCAAAACUUUUAAAAAACCUCAAUUUGGCGAAUAACAGUCUUUAUACUGGCUACGAAGAAACCAGCCUUGCAUUAAGAAAGCUACCUGGUCUUAUAGCUCUAGAUCUUUCUGAGAAUAAGCUUAACGAUGUAAUGGUUGCCUUGCUUCUUCAAAACCUGACGUCCCUAGAGUACCUCAAUCUUUCCGGGAACCUUUUGCAGAGAGUGGAUGAAGCCUCAUUCAGCGAUCUGCAUCUGCUUAAAGAACUUGACCUACAAAGAAACUUAAUUUUUGAGAUUGAUAAUGCUUUUGGCAGCAGUCUGAAUCUACAGCGCCUCAACUUGGCCUUCAACAAUCUGCCCUGUCUGACUGACUUUGACAUGAUCCAGCUGGAGGUCCUCAAUGUCAGCCACAACUUCAUUGAAUGGUUCAUCUCAAGACAAGACCUCAACGACACUUUCCUGCUAGAGACCCUCGAUCUAUCACACAACAAACUCCUUUUCUUUCCUUUCUUGCCAAGCCAAAGUCAUUUAAGGAACCUUUACCUGUCUCACAACGUCAUUAGAUUCUACGAACACUUGGCAGACAAUGUCAUGUUUCCAAACUCAACGAAAACUGUCGAGUUCUACAAUUUUAAGAAGGGCAUCAAUAAUGUGACUGCUCAGUUGUGGGACGACAGUCUUCAUGGUGAUAUCUCCUCUCUAGAAGUUUUAGAUCUGAUAGGAAAUCACGUGGAGUAUUUCCCUCAAGGAUUCAUCCAGAAAAUGCUCACUCUGUCUAGACUUCUACUGCGCACAAACUGCCUGAGAACCUUAAAUCUAACAUCAGAACAGUUUUCCAGUAGCUUGUAUGAGCUGGAUGUUAGCAACAACAUACUGAACCAGGUUUCAGCGGAUGAAGAUACUCUGACCACUCUGGGUAAUUUGACAUAUUUUAACCUGAGCCUGAACGGUCUUAAGUGGCUACCCUUGGAAUUAUUUUCAUCACUGCGAAGCAUCCGGUCAGUGGAUCUCAGCUACAGCAACAUUGACAUUUGCCUUUCUACGGAAGCUGAGAUCAGCAUACACACUAAUUCAACUUGCGUGGAUUGGAAAAAUGUUAUAUCCCUAAGGCACCUUUACCUCAAGGGAUGCAACCUUAAAAUAAUUCCAAACACUGCAUUCACAGGGUUGUCGCUAACACUCUUGGAACUGUCCGAUAACCCGGGCCUAACCGUCCAUAAAUCAAUACAAAGUCUUAGCAAAACCUUGCAGCAUCUAGGUUUAGGAAACACUUACAUACAAGACAUCGACCUCUCCCAUUUCCAGAGUCUGAAGUCUUUAAACAUUUCGAACAACUUUCUCGCCAAUCUUCCCCAUUCACUCCAAAACCUCAACCUGAAAGUGCUUGAUCUGAGGGACAACAUGCUUUCCACCAUCCCCUCUGGUCAGGCUAACACAUUAGCUGCGAAACUUCAGACUGUUUUCCUCACAGGAAAUCCAUUCAACUGCUGCCAGACAGAAUGGUUCAGGACAUUUGAAGCAGCAAAGACUGUUAACAUGGUUGAACAGUCAGCUAUUACAUGUGAGGAUCUCUACCACAGACACAACAGAGUGGAGAACUCCCAGUCAAUUUCAUGUUUUAAUGACGGGGAAUCGAUACUUUGGUACAUUCUGCUUUUUGUCCCCAUCGUGCUUUUUUUUACAGGAACUUCUAUCAUAGUUUUCCUCACCUUGAAGCCUACACUGCUACAAAAAUCUAUCAAAAAGAACUGUUUGAGGCCAACGUCGUACUGAUGACAUCAUAACUGUAUUUUGUACAGUAUAUUAUUUAGAAAUGUAACUGAAUAUAUAUAUAAAAUAAAAAUAAAUUCUGU